CCGUGACACCCACAGGGACUACAACUCCCAUCAGCCCUUGCGGCGCAGCGCCGGCUGUGAUUGGCUGAGAAGACGGAGCCAAUGGGAAGCCGCGUUGUUGGCGGGCGGAACAACAUGGCGGCGCUGAGCCGGGUGUGGGAACGAGUCGGGGGCCGCAGCUUUUCCCUGCUGCAAAGUUUUCCCCUCCCGCCGCUCCCAAACGCUCUGGAGCCUCUUCCCAGGACUUCCAACCUCAUCCCGGUUCCAGCGUGGAAUUUCCAACAAAUCCGCGGGAGAACCCGAGGGAACGAAUACCAGCCGAACAACUGGAAGCGGAAAAAGACUCACGGCUGGAUCAAACGGAUCCGAACUCCCGGCGGGAUCGCCGUGAUCCUGCGGCGAAUGCUGAAGGGCAGGAAAUCCCUGAGCCACUGAGGGACCCGCGGGAAUUCG